CUCCGGUGCUGCCGCCGAGGAAAGAAAGAACCAGGGAAAGAGACGUGGCGAAUCCGGUUGCUACCUAAUUUACCAACUACUUCCACCAGCCCGCUUUAUCCAUCGGCCACGCAGCAUGGCCCGCACCGAUGGCACGCGAGCGCCACCGGCGCCACCGGCGCCGUCGGCUGGCCUAGGCCACGUCCGUCAGAAGCGAGGCGCGUACGAAAAGCCCUCUGGUCCACCCAAGCCGGCCCCGAACCCUGCUCCCGCCGGUCAAGGGUCGGGGUAAGAGGCGGGUAUAAUAAUCAGUCGAAUUCCUGCAAGCCAAGUAAGCCCAUGUCCUCCCACGUCGCGCGGAUUAUGUAAAUAAC